ACUGAGGAGAGGUAUCGAUGUAGAUUGGUGAAGCCUGGCACGAAGUCAGCGUUCCAAAACUUCCGAAACGUGUUCGAUAGGAUUCAAGUCAGGACUCUGUGCAGGCCAGUCCAUUACAGGGUUGUUAUUGUCAUGUAACCGCUCCGCCAAAGGCCGUGCAGUAUGAACAGGUGCUCGAUCGUGUUGGAAGAUGCAAUCGCCAUCACCGAAUUGCUCUUCAACAGUGGGAAGCAAGAAGGGAGAUUCUGGAGGGCCUCUUUCUUGCCAACAUAAAAAUGGACGCUUCUAUCUGUGUGGAGUCGUCAGCUGGGGGGUAGGAUGUGGACGACCAGGAGUACCAGGUAUCUACACGGAUAUAUCUUGCUACACUGACUGGAUUAUAUCCGUCAUCUAUGGGAAAGAUCCAGCUUCUGUGUGAAUCAACACUCAUAAUAACAGUAAAAUUUGUUAUU